AUGCCGUUGCCAGUUCCUCCGCCGCCAUGCGCGGGCGACACGCUGUGCGAGGCGGCGGUGAAGGUGCUGCGCACGGCGGACCCCUGGAAGAAGGUGGACUACGGCGACCUCGCGGCGCACCUCUGGGCCACCGGCGCCAUUCGCGACGCGUACGCUGAUCGCGCCACGCGUCGGGACGGGAGCUUGAGCAGCGGGACUGCGGAAGCCCGAAGCGCCGGGUCACAGGGAGAUGCAGACGCGGGAGCAGCGGGUAGCGACGAGGAGCAAUGGCUUAGCGUGCCGGACCGCCCUGCCAGAGACGAUACCGUGCGCGUGGUGGCGGCGCGCGACAUGCCGCGGCGCGGCAAGGGCGGGUCGCAGCAGAGCCGCGUGGCGCUGCUGCACAGCCUGGUGCACAUCGAGAGCUGGGCUGUCGACCUCGCGUGGGACAUCAUAGCGCGGUUCGGCAGCGCGCACAGCAUGCCGCGCGCCUUCUUCUCGGACUUCGUGCGCGUGGCGGAGGACGAGGCGCGCCACUUCCGCCUGCUCGCGGCGCGCCUGCAGGCACUGGGGUCGCAUUACGGCGCGCUGCCCGCACACGACGGGCUGUGGGAGUCCGCCUCCGCCACCGCAGGCGACCUCAAGGCGCGCCUCGCCAUCGAACACUGCGUGCACGAGGCGAGGGGGCUAGACGUGGUGCCACAGACCAUAGAGCGGUUCAGGGCGGGCGGGGACAGCGAGACAGCGGAGCUGUUGGAGCAGGUGGUGUACCCCGAGGAGGUCACGCACUGCGCUGCUGGCACGCGCUGGUUCUCCUUCCUCUGCCUUCGUGGCUUGCGCGCACGGCAGGGAGAGGUGGGGGGAGGACGUGGGGGAGAAGCAGCUGGUGGGGGGGAAGGUGCAGGGGGGGGGUUGCGAGGGGAGGCAUUGGGGGGUGAGGCGGCAGCGGUGGGAAGGAGCGGGAGUGGGGUGGCAACAGGUACAGGAGCAGUGGACAGUGGUGGGGAUGGGGUGGGGGAUGGGGGUGGGGAUGGGAAGGGGUACGGUGAGAAGGGCAAGAUAAGGGCUGAGAGAAAAUGCGAGGCAGCGUGUGAGGGUAUAAGUGGUGCAGUGGAGCAGAGUAUGGAGGCAGAGGAGGUGAGUGCAGAGGAGGUGAGUGCAGAGGAGGUGAGUGCAGAGGAGCAUGCAGCAAUCGUGGCGGAGUUCCACGCCAUUGUGCGGCAGCACUUCCGUGGCAAGCUGAAGCCGCCCUUCAACCACGACGCACGCGCCAAGGCCGGGCUCACUCGCGACUGGUAUGAGCCGCUCGCAGAGUGA